UGAAUAUACCCUUUUCUUCGUCCUCUUCUCCCACUUUGGACCCUCCAAACUUUAUCACUUUACACAUCUCUUCCCUCUUCUAUUUCUUUUCCAAAUUCCCUUCCAAACAUUGUUAUAAAUACCCCUUUCCCCAUCUUCACCAUCUGUAAUCACAUUGUUUAAUCAUCAUCCCAAACUAUGAGUGCCAAAGAUGACAAAGAUUGUGGCCACCACGAAGACGACUACCAACAAUUCCUCCGCCGUCUCGGCAUCGUUCUCUUGAUUUUAAUCAUAAUCGUCGGUAUUAUAAUCUUCAUUGUCUGGGCCGUUCUUCGCCCGUCAAAACCACACUUCAUCCUCCAAGACGUCACCGUUUUCGGCCUCAACGCAUCUGUUACCCCUAAUCUCUUAUCCCUCGAUUUGCAAGUCACUAUCUCUUCACGUAAUCCCAACGAUCGCAUUGGCAUUUACUAUCUCACAAUGGAUGUGUACGGCGCUUAUCGUGGCCAGCAAGUUACACUUCCUACGCUUCUCCCUUCUACGUACCAAGGUCAUCGCGAUGUUGUCGUUUGGUCUCCGUUCCUUAGUGGUGAUGCAGUUCCUGUCGCUCCCGACGUCGCUAUGUCGUUGCAACAGGACCGGAACGUUGGAGCUGUUUUGUUUAAUGUGAAGAUUGAUGGGCAGGUUAAGUGGAAAGUUGGGACGUGGAUUUCGGGCAGGUAUCAUUUGAAUGUAAAUUGUCCAGCGUUUAUUAAGUUCGGAAACCCUGAUCGUGCCAUUGCUAUUGGUUCAGCUAUGAAGUUUCAAAUUGUUCAAAGCUGCAACGUUGAAGUUUGAAACUUUUUCUAAUUAGAGAAAUUGUUUUAAAUUACAAAACUCCUUGAACAAAAAAUAUUUUAAAAUAUAGUAAUCUAUAUUUUAAAAUAUUUUUUGUUGAGUAGUUUUGCUAUAUUUAAAAACAAUUUUUUUAAUUAAUUAAUUCAAUUUUUUCCGAGUUGGGAAAGAAAAUAUUUUAUGUCGGUAUUUUGGGUAAGCCAGAGAGAAGCUCUCGGGAUAUUGAUUAAUUAAUAUAAUGUAAUCUAAAGUACUCUCAUCUACUUUCUUUGUCUUUGGAUUAGAGAUUAAUUAAUAAUAUAUUAUAUCAUGGUUUUGAUUUAUUUA